GUAGACCUCCCUUUAACGUAUCCAUCCACGUAUCAUUUUCAAUUAAUUAUAAAGUACACCCCCCCAAAAUGAAAACUCAAACAGCUUACGGAUUCCAAUUAGGUUCCCACCAACUCCAAAAAUUCACCAAUCAUCCAAUCCCUACCCCUAAAUCCAAUGAAAUCCUUCUCAAGAUCGAAGCCGCUGGAUUAUGUCUUUCUGACCCUCACUUAUUAAUUGCUGGAAAACCAAUGGAAAGCAACCAACCUGUUGCCGACAAGUUCGUAAUGGGUCAUGAAAUCGCUGGAUCUAUCGCUGAAGUCGGCGCGGGCUUAGUUGACCAUCCAGUUUAUAAGCGCGGUGGUCGAUUCGCUAUGCAGAUCGGAAUUGCUUGUGGUGCAUGCCAUGCUUGUCGUGAAGGACAUGAUGCAAGUUGUGAAGAAAGUCUGCAAGCCUAUGGUUUGAAUGAAGAUGGUGGAUUCCAGCAAUACUUGUUGGUUAGGAAUUUGAGAACUUUAUUGCCAAUUCCAGAUAAUGUCAGUUACGAAGUGGCUGCAGUCACUACCGAUUCGGUAUUAACUCCUUACCAUGCUAUCCAAAAGGUGAAACAUUUGCUUCAACCUACCACUAAAAUCUUGGUUCAAGGUUGUGGUGGUUUAGGUCUUAACGGUAUUCAAAUCUUGAAAAAUUACCCAGGGUACAUUGUUGCCACUGAUACCAAACCUGCCACUGAGAAAAUUGCUAGAGAAUUUGGUGCUCAUGAGUUCCACCUUGAUAUCUCCAAAUCUCACCAUGAUCCAUAUUCAUUUGAUAUUGUGUUUGAUUUUGUCGGUGCACAAGUAACAUUCAACAAUUCCGACAAGUACAUCAAGAGAAGAGGGAAGAUAGUCAUGGUUGGGUUAGGUCAAUCCAAAUUGUUCAUUCCUAACUAUUUGUUGGCGCGUCGUGAAAUUGAAAUUAUCUUUAAUUUUGGUGGUACUUCUGCCGAACAACUUGAAUGCAUGGAAUGGGUCUCACGCGGAUUGAUUAAACCUAAAGUUACUGUGGUUGAUUUUGAGACUUUACCUCAGGCCAUUCUUGAUUUGGAACACGGUAAACUUACUGGGAGAGUUGCCUUUAAACCAAAUGCUUCAGGUAACAAGUUUUAGUAUUUACCCCCUUAGUAGAGCUAGGAGAAGAUAAAUAUACAUUUACAGCUCAUACCACAUGUAGUUGUCUUCU